AUGAGCAACCCGGCGCACAAGUACGCCGCCUUCGACCCGAACCACCCUGGCGGCUCGGACGGCGGCAGCGACGCGAGCAUCGUCAUGCGCACGGGAGCCAACAAGGCCGCGCUCAAGGACCUCGAGCGCGCCGUCUUUGCGGGCAAGAAGGCCAUCUGGCCCCUCUUCUUCGCGACCCUGGUCGUCGGCGUGGGCACGAGCGUGUGGGGCUUGCUCAAGGGAGAAGGGCGACUCGUCUUCAUCAUCGUCUUGAUCGGCUGGGGCGUUCUGUUCGGCAUCGAGGGCUUUAUGCUCAACGAGCUGUCUACCGUUCGCCGGUCGCACCACCCGAUGAUCGUCUUGCGCCUGUGCUUCACCUUCGGCGGCUGGUUCUCGGGCUACCUCAUCGCAACGUGCGUCCUUAUCGGCAUCUGGAUGUACAAGGGCCGCUUCGAGGGCUCGCACAAGCUCGCCUGGGCGCUCCUCGUCAUCCAGGGCCUCCUCUGCGCCGCCGUCAUCGUCGCCUUUGUCCUGUACGUCCAGCUGUACAGCCGCAAGAUCAAGCAGCUCCAGAUGCAGGCGACGCUCGUCACGCCCGGCGCGACCCAGCACAUCGCCUCGGCCGUCGGCAGCAUGCGCCGCAAGGUCUCGCGCCUCUCGCAGCGGUCGCACACGUCGUCGUCGAGGCGCGCCAAGGACGGCUCGACGCCGUCGCGGCGCAGCUCGCGAGGGUCGACGCUCGUCGGCUCGGCCUCGGUCCGCUCCAAGGCGUCGAAGCGGUCGUCGAGCCAGGCGCCGUCCGACAGCGGCACCGACACGGACGACGGGUACUCGGACGCCGCUCGCGGCGAGGCGCGCAGGCGUGCCGGGUCGGGCAAAGGCGGCGGCGAGAGCGGCAACGACGGCUACUCGAGCGGCGCAGGGUCGACAACGGCCUCGGACGACGACACGCUCCUCGGAGCACACGACCAGCACGGCGCGCAGGCCCGAGCGCCGACAUCGACGGUCUCACGCUCGGCGUCGGCGGCGUCGGCGAGCUCGUACUCGUCGAGCCGGGCUCACGACGACCCAACGACCUCCUCCGACAUCCCAGCGUCUCUCCGCAUCGGCUCGCCAACUUCCUCGCCGACGAGCUCUCGACCUACGUCGCCCGUGUACCGCCCGACCUCGGCGGCCUCGUCGUCGACUCGCCCGGGCACGAUCCCGGUCCUCGUGCGUGGUCGCUCGGGCACAACGAGUGCGUUGUUCGACCCUGUCACGAGCCGCUACGUCUCGUACUCAACGCUCCCCGAGACAGGACCCGCACCGCCGCCGACGAGAACGAGCGACCCGUACCUCACUCGAGCGCCGUCGACCUCGCCGUACCCCUUCCAGCAAACCUCAACAUCGACCUACGCCGCCCCGCCACCGUCCGCCUACUCUCCUUAUACCGCCUACUCGCCGCCGAGCUCGCCUGCGCCACCGGGCCGCGCCGCAUUCCCCUACGCCCCAGCGUCCGCCCAGCCUCGCACGCCCGGCAUCGGCUCCCGCCCUCCUCCCUCCUCCUCCGCACCUCCGCCAUCCACCUCUCGCUACCCGCCUCCGCCCUCGUACCCCGUCGGACGAUCGGCAUCGACGGCGGCGGCGCGCUCGGCGUACUCGGCGGCGGCGGCAAGUCAGGGAGCGGAUCGAGCGCGGCUUGCGGUGACGAAUCCGGAUGGGCUACCGCCCAUGCCGUUGCACCAUUGA